AUGGAACCUCUCAUUCACACUAUCACCUUAAUUGCUCUUCCCUUUGCGUGUUCUUCAAAAAGUUGGAGCUUUUAUUUGGUGAGUUCCCCUUUUCCGCAACUGGGUAGUAAGUGCGGGUUUUCCAUUCCCCUGGAAGUUUUCUCACUUUUUCUCCAUGUUGGUAUUCUUCAUUUAGUUCAAAUCUUUCUGGAUGAUCACGCUGUGGACACUGUUUUCAUUUCAUCAUGGUCUUUGUUCUUAACUGUUGUGACGGUUUUAUUGGAAAUUGAGAAUUGCAUGGGGCAUCACAUGGUUAAUGAUAUGUCGUCUGAUUUUAAGUUAGACAUUUAUUCUCAGCAUGACCCUGAAGAAACAGGGUUAGGCAGCACCGUAACAUCUAAAAAGUUAUUAGAUGAAAGGGCUAAUGCCACGCACGCAGUUCGCAAGCAAGGAAACUUGUCAAUCAACAACUUUGCUACAAACGCCGAACGCAGAGCUUUGAAUGAUAGAUUUCUUCUGAAAGCAAACAAGACCACGAUUAGUGAUAAUGUCAGUCUUGAUGGAGAGGAAAGACAUCAUUUGCAUGGAUCAGCCAAGAAGUCUGGCCCUCUCAUAUCUGGAGCAGCUUACUGCAUUUCUUCUUGCUCCAUGAUAAUGCUGAACAAAAUUGUUCUAUCAGGUUACAAUUUCAAUGCGGGAAUAUCGUUGAUGUUUUAUCAAAACUUUAUCAGUACUCUGGUUGUUGUUCUGUUGGCUCUCUCUGGUACGGUUGCAGUUGAAAAGCUUAGCUGGAGGCUGAUCAGGGUCUGGAUCCCUGUCAAUGUAGUAUUUAUUGGCAUGCUUGUCUCAGGCAUGUAUAGUUUGAAAUACAUAAAUGUUGCCAUGGUGACUAUUCUCAAGAACAUGACAAACAUCUUAACGGCAAUCGGAGAAUUAUAUUUAUUUCGGAAACGUCAGAAUCCCAAAGUUUGGACUGCAAUGUUUAUGAUGAUUAUCUCUGCUGUCAGUGGUGGUAUUACAGAUCUCUCCUUUGAUACAGCUGGUUAUGCAUGGCAGAUUAUCAACUGUGUUCUUACUGCAAGUUAUUCACUUACCCUUAGGUGGGUUAUGGAUGAAGCAAAAAAGUCUACAAAAUCUGGAUCUCUUAACGAGAACUCAAUCACCCCUUUUGCCUUCUCACCAUUGUUUUCGUCUCGAUUUCCAGCGACGUCGUUAAACUGCCGACAUUUUGGGUGGUUGCAACAGCCAGUGGACUGCUUGGACUUUCCAUCAGCUUUACCUCAAUGUGGUUCUUGCAUCAAACUGGCCCUACAACCUAUAGGCUCCUUGAACAAGAUUCCAAUCUCUAUUGCUGGCAUUUUAGUGUUCAAAGUUCCUCUCAGUGUAUCAAAUUUAUUCAGCAUCUUGUUUGGUCUUUUUGCUGGUGUACUCUUUGCAAGAGCCAAGAUAUCGUGA